AUGAGGGUACAGUGGGGAGCGAGCGCGCCGAGCCUGGAGCUCCGUUUGCUCCUCUGCUUCUUGCUGCUGAACAGCCGCCCAGGGGGCUGCAGAGACAUUAGUGGCCACGAUGAUCAGGACCAAGUGGGAGCGGGGCAGCUCUGGCCCUUCCAAGGACUUACCACCCUAGUCUUCCAGUACUUGCAUGUUGUAGUCCAGCAGAUUGUGCCCCAAGGUUUGCUCUGGAAGGAUGACAUCACCCAGGAUGUGACCCAGAAGAUGGAGCCUAUCAGCAGACUCCACUCCCAAGAUCCCUGUCUGAGGGAUGGGCAGGUGGCCUUUCCCACAAAAAUCACUGGGAGCCCAAUGGUCAAGGUGAACAAGGAUUGGUGCUUUACCUCCAAAGUGGCUUUGAAGGCUCUGAAACAACAGGUGACCAACCCUGUCAAGAUCACCUGUGAGUAUCCAUAUGAGAGGUUGGAAGGGCAGGUGCUGGGAGCCUCUAAGGACAAAAUGAUCUAUAGGAUCAUGUGUAGACAUUGA